AUUUUUAUGAACUUUUAGAAGCUUGACCAAGGAGCACGUCCAAAAAAGUUUGAAUAUUUCUGUCAGAUAGGGAAAAAAAGACAAACUGGUGCGCUCUAUCUCGGGCGAUGCGUGAUGGCGACCGACCACCGUCACACCGACCACCGUCACCGUCCCCGCAUUUAUGCUACACCAUUCCUCCCUUGGGUUCUUUCUCUCACUGACUCAAUCUCUCUUCUCCCAUUCCCAUCAACUCUGCAAAAACAAUGACAAAACAAACUGCGCAGGCAUGCGUAGUCGCGGUUAUUUCCUUCUAUCUAUUCAUGAAGUUAACCCCAUCCAUUCCUCAACCUCAGAGCUACCAUGAUUUCGCCGACAAACGCGAAUUCUUAGGCAUUCCCAAUGCAUUUAAUGUGAUAUCCAAUUUCCCUUUCAUGGUUAUUGGUCUCAUUGGCGUUAUGCUUUGUCAUCAUAGGAACUAUUUGAACUUCAGUUUGCAAGGUGAGUUAUGGGGUUGGACAUGUUUUUAUGUGGCUGUCACUUCAGUAGCUUUUGGGUCUUCAUAUUAUCAUCUAGGCCCAAAUGAUAAUGGCCUUGUGUGGGACAGGUUGCCUAUGGCUGUUGCUUUCACUUCACUGGUGGCAAUCCUCAUCAUUGAAAGGAUUGAUGCAAAGAAGGGAACGCUUUUGAUUAUUCCUCUUAUUAUGGCUGCUAUGACAAGCAGUGUGUAUUGGAGGUUCUUUGGUGACAUCCGUCCAUAUCUUCUAGUCCAAACUGUAUCAUGCAUUGCCAUACCUCUUAUGGCCAUUUUGUUGCCUCCAAUGUACACACACUCAACGUAUUGGCUAUGGGCUGCAGGAUUUUAUCCUCUAGCUAUGCUACAAGAGACUGCUGAUAGAUUGAUUUAUGCAGCAACUUUUCAUACUGUCAGUGGUCACACACUUAAGCAUUUGUCUGCUGCAAUGGUUCCUCUCAUCUUAACAGUAAUGCUAGCAAAGAGGAGGCCUUUGCAUGCAAAGUCUGCCUAAUGCAUCCAUUUCCUGGAGUCUCAGUAAUGUCAUCUCUUCCCUCCCUAUAAAAGGAUGGGAGAAAAAUAGAAGGGUUAAGCUACUAAAGGUAGGUUUGUGGUAAAUAGUUUGGUUUGUCUUUUUAGAUUAUUAGCUCAAACUUAUGUGCUAAAGUUGCACUGAAAAUGAAAAAGAAGAAAUGUGAAUAAAAAUCACCAAACAGGGCAAAUCACGUUGCGUUCACUAUAAGAAGCUUCUUGUUAGUACAGUUCUUGAUCUUCAAAUAUAAGAAGCUUCUUUUUAGUACAGUUCUUGAUCUUCAAAUUGUAUCCAGAGUAUUAAAAUAGAAUGAAGAGAUAAAUAAGCAUGUCAAGAAUGGAA